AUGAGUCCGGAUUUGGUCUGCAAGGCCGAUCCCUGCCUGAAAUCAGUGCAAUCAAUGAGAACAGUUUUUAUUCCAUGGCCCUACUGCUCACCGUAUUCCCUCUUAAUUAAGAUACCAAUAGUUAAUGAUCUAUCUAUCUAUCUAUCUAUCUAUCUAUCUAUAACUCAUGCUCGGCAAAUACAUCGAAGCAUAAAACUGGAAAUCAACACGUUGUAUUGUUUCCUUCGCAAACCCAAUCUAUCUAUCUAUCUAUCUAUCUAUCUAUCUAUCUAUCUAUCUAUCUAUCUAUCUAUCAUUCCGUUCAUAUCUAUCUAUCUAUCUAUCUAUCUAUCUCAUUCCGUUCAUAUCUAUCUAUCUAUCUAUCUAUCUAUCUAUCUAUCUAUCUCAUUCCGUUCAUAUCUAUCUAUCUAUCUAUCUAUCUAUCUCAUUCAGUUCAUAUCUAUCUAUCUAUCUAUCUAUCUAUCUAUCUAUCUAUCUAUCUAUCUCACUCCUGUGUGUCAAUCUAUUCUCAACUUUUAUGAUGUAGAUUAA